GCGGUCCGCUAUCAACCCCGCGCCGAGCGGGCGGAUUAGCCCCUCUACACUUUUUUUCUCUUCUCCCCACUUCAGCCGUCAUUCCCUUCUGAGCAACCGCCAAAUCGUCCCAACAACAUAGAAAAUACAUUUCGCGAAGCCGCUUCACGUCGCAGGAGCCCUCCGCAUAUUUCGUGAUUCGCACGUCGAAGAGGACAACGAAGUCACAAAAUGGCCGACGACGAGCAGCUUUCCAUCUACGACGAGGUCGAGAUCGAGGACAUGACCUACGACGAGACCCUGCAAAUCUACCACUACCCCUGCCCGUGCGGCGACCGCUUUGAGAUUGCCCUGUGCGACCUUAUGGAUGGCCAGGAUAUCGGCGUGUGUCCGAGCUGCAGUCUGAUGAUCAGGGUCAUUUUCGAUGCGGAUAACCUGCCGAAGCCCCCUGGACAGGAGCAGAGCGGGCAGGUUGCUAUUGCCGCUUAGGCGGCGUCCCGCCGUGGCUCCAUCGACGAGGAUGUUGGUACACCAGCAGCCGUGGGAUAGAGAACUCGGACGGUUCGAUAGCCGCACGCAGCUUAGGGUCAU